CUGAACGCGCCAAGUCGAUAUCUUAAAGCGUUUGACAGAGCUGCCUGAGCCCGAGCAACGAUAUUCGAAUUCGAGUUCGAAUUCGAGAAACGAGUCUGUGUCGCUGUGCGAAACUGUGCGUGAAAUUUGAGUUGUUUCUUAUACAUAUAUAUUAAUUGCUGCUAAACGGAGCGAGACCAAAAACAAAUAUCAAGGAAUCGAAUUUGAUCUUCAUUUGCGGCACGCGAACCUAAUCAAGGCAAUGUCAUAAUGGAGCCAAUGACCAUGUUGGUAUUGGCCUUCCAGCUGCUGGCGCUCUUCUCGAUAGCCGGCGCGCUGUUGAUCUAUUUGAUAUGCAAGGUGCGCGAGGAGAGCCAGGUGGGCAAUGGCGAGCUGCCAGCCAGCCGCGUGGUGCUGGUGACGAGCGCCGAUACGGCGCUGGGCCUGCAGCUGUGCACGUAUCUGGCGAACAAGGGCUGUCGCGUCUUUGCCGGCAUGAAGGAGGCGCGCGAUUCGCUGCCCGCCAAAUUGCUCUGCGGCUGGAUGAAGAUACGCGAGUAUAGCGAGGAGCCCAUCAGCGGCACGAUCAUACCCAUGCGCCUGGACGUCACCAGGGAGGAUGUGCUGAGAGAGGCCACCAUUGCUAUGGGCGCCCAUCUGAAUGCGAACGAGCGCGGCAUUGCGGCCGUCAUCAAUACCAGCGGCAGCGUGUAUCGCGGACGCGUCGAGUCCCAGGACGUGCAGCAAUGGGAGCAGAUGCUCAAGACGAACAUACUGGGCACGCUGCGCGUGGCCAAGGCCUUUGUUGGCCUGCUGCGGCCGACACGCGGCCGACUACUCUAUCUGGGUGGCAGCAGUGCCGGCGCCAGCAUGGGCGGCGACGGCCUUGUCGCCUUCAAUGCAUCACGCGUCGCCGUCGAAAAGUGUGCCGAGGAGCUGCGCAAGGAGCUGCAGCCCUAUGGCGUCAGCAUCGUUGCCCUGGACACCUGUGGUAUGACCGCCGAGUCGCUCUACAAGGCGCCCGUGGCGCAGACCAUGUCCCAGUGCCCGGGCGCACCCACGCAGUAUACGGCCGAUGUGCUCAGCUCCAGCGCGUUGCAGAUGAUCGAGCGGGCGCUUUGGGACUUUGUGCCGCAGCAGCGUUACGCGCUGCUCUCCCAUAACAAGUAUCAAUUCACGUUGCCAUGCCGCUCCUCGCUGCGUCUACAUCGAGCCAGCAGUGAGGCCGCCACGCAGUCCGUUUAGAUAGAGGAGCAGACAGAGGGAGGAUAUAUAAAAGAGAGAGAGAGAGAGAGAGAGAGAGAGUAGUUGAUGGAGCUAAAUGUCAACCUGGGCAUGGAUCGCAGCUUAUAUACUUAUACAAUACUUUUUCUGUACAUACGUAUAAAACACACACACAGACACACUCACACACACACACACAGCUAUACACAAACACACACAAAAUCGUUUAACAUUGUAUUCAGUUAUCUAUAAUCUAUAUACGCCCAACUGUUUUAACAUUUUUUUAAUGUUUAUAUAUUUAAUAUUUUUU